AUGUCCGCUGAAUCCCCCGGCCCCCGCGGCUUUCGAGCCUUCGUCCGCCAUGCUUUACGACCCAAAAAAUCCCGUCAACUCUUGCGAAAAGACUUCAGCGCCUCCUCCCCCGAUCUCCGAGUCCAGCCGCCUCACGACGAACCUCCUCUCCCCUCACUGGCUCCCCUCGAGGCCCAUCGACUGCGAUACCUCGAGGCCAAUGCUCAGAAGGACACGCAGCGCGGCGAGAACCGCGAUCAUACCGCCAUCCUGCAUGCCAUCGGCGCCCAGGAGACCGACGACACCCUUGACCAGCCCGAGGACGAGCAGGACCGUCGUCCCCCCGGCGACCCGUUGAUCGCGUCUCUUUCGGCAUCGCUCUGGCAGCGAAUCGCCGAAUUCCUGAGUCCCGCCGAGCGCGCCAGUCUCACCUGGGCCAGCAAGACGCUGUUCGCCCGUCUCGACGGCCCCGCGCCCUGGCUGGCGCUGAACGAGCCGGAGAACCUCGACGACCGCGCCGAUUUCCUGGUCGCCCAGGACCGACACUUUCCGCAUCAUCUGCUGUGCUUCGCCUGCGCCAUCUACCAUCGUCGCACGCGCGAAGGCCGCGAGACACUCCAGCCCGCCGACGUGGUGAACCCGUUGGUCGACUGUCCGCAGGCGCGCAACGCUCUGCGCCCGCCGCCGCGACACCGCAUUGCCCCGGGUCGCAAUCUCCCCUUCGCCUUCGCGCAGCUCGUCCUGCGCGCCCAUCGUUUCGGCUCGCUGCGCUACGGCCUCUCCGUCGACUCCCUGGCACGGCGCUGGCGUCGCGACGGCUGGUCCCAUCACUCCCGCUACCUCAUCCACCACGGUCAUUUACUCAUGCGCGUCGUCAGCUCCUGCUUCGCCCCGCCUGACCUCCCACCCAGUUCCAAGCGUCUCCUCCUCUACUCCCGCGAAGACUACUGGCCCUACUUCUCCGUCUGCGCCCACUGGCGGGACGGCGAGCUGAUGACCAUCUGCAAAUGCGCAUUGGGCCAUGUCCCCGUCCCGCGCGACACCUCCGCACUCCAGGGUCUGGAGCACCGCGGCCGCGACGUCGUCGCCGGUCGGGUGUAUAACCCCAACGCGCUGGCCACGCUCUGCGGUCGGUGUCGUCCCAUGCGUCGCUGCCCGCAGUGUCCCUCCGAGUAUCUCGUCGAGGUCAAGUUGACUGAGGAUCGGUCCGAUCCUCGCAGUCCGCAUUUCCGGCACGCGAUCGUCGUCACCCGUUGGUGUGAUCUGGGUGAUGGUUCAUCUCCUCGGAUGUCGAUUGAGUGGGCCGCUUGUAAUGGUUUGAGCGAUGAGUAUGACUCGUUUGCUCAGCUGGGGAAACGUUCUCUCUCCGGGAUCUUUGAAUCCGCCAUGGCGGAUGAUAUCAUGCCUGGUCAGCGGCUUUUAUCUAUGAAUCCGAAGGGGAAGAAAUUGGGGGAGGAGGGGACGGGAUGGUAUUAA